AUGGCGGCGAACGUGGCGGCCGACGACGGCCCGUACCGCACCGUGAAAGCGACGAACCGGAAGAGCGGCAAGGUCACGAGCUUUCGCGUGCGCCGGGAUGCGACGAUGGACGAGAUCUCGCGCAUGUACGCCAAGCACAUGGGGCUCGGACCGGCCGAGAAGGUCGGCGCGCCCGUCGAGCCCGCGGCGGCGCCCGCCGAGCCCGCGAUCGCCGCGCCGGCCGAGCCCGAGGUCGCCUCGUCCGCGCGGGCGCCGCCCGCGACGCGCGACUUCAGCGCGGUCAAGGACGCGCUGUCGACGCCGCCGCGCCGGCAGACGCCGCCGCGGCGGGAGCCGUCGGCGUCUCCCGCCGCGGCGACGCCGCCGCGGCACGACCCGGAGACGCUGCGGGCGUCGUCGACGCGGCACCUCAUCAACGCGACGCCGGUCUCGACCGCGUCGGCCGCGGGCGCCGCGUCGCCCGCGUUCGGGGACGUCGUCGAGCCGACCGUCGAGGUCCACUGCGACGGCGGCGCGGGCGAGGUCACGCUCUACAAGCGGGGCUUCCGCCAGGGCGUCUCGCUCGACCACGCGCCUAAAUUUACUCCUUCACGCCCCAUAAACUCGCUCUCUGCAGCGAUCCCGCACCCCAUGGCGCGGGUCGGGACCCUCCUCGCGGGUCGCGUCGACGAGCUCGAGCGCGAGGUCGCGGCGCUGUCGGCCGGCGGCGGCGGCGGGUCCGGCGCGUCGUCCCAGGAGACGCGCGACGCGCUGCGGAACGCGAGCCUCGAGGUCGCGCGGCAGGGCGAGGCCGUCGACGCGCUGCGGUCGCGGCUCGACGAGGACGAGAAGGAGGAGAAGAAGGACGUGGCGCAGCUCCAGCAGAAACAGAGCUCCGAGGCGGCGACGUUCCAGGGCUACGCGGACAAGGCCGCCGGCGACGCGGAGGCGCGGCUCGACGCGAAGAUCGACGCGCUCGAGCAGUCGCUCGGCGAGUACCGCGAGGCGACGGGCGCGAAGCUCGACGACGAGCGCGACCUCAUCUACCACUGGAUCGCGGGCACGUUCACGCUCCUCUGCUGCCUCAUCGCCGCGGCCGGCGCCUUCAGCCACAGCCGCGCGUUCGCGUUCCCCGAGGUGCAGCGGAAGAUCCUCGCGCUGCUCUGGAUGCCGCCGAUCUACGGUUUGUGCUGCUGGCUGAGCCUGCUCUACCCGCUGGCGGCGCCGGGCCUGAGCAUGGUGCGCGACGGCUACGAGGCCUACACGAUCUGGGUCUUCGUGUCGUUCCUCGUGUCC